CAUUGACAGAUAAGAUACUAAUAUUCAAGAAUGAGAGGGCCGUAUCCCUUACGUCAAAGGAGUUUUGAAUCUUGAUUACUGAUACAUUCUUGAAAUAACAAUAAUGAAUUACUAGAUAAAAUAGGCAUACGGCAUAAGUAUCAUUCCAACACUUUGGAUUUAACCUCGAUCUCUAUGGAUGCUUCAUACUGCUACCUCCUGCUUUUUCCCUUCCUGUAUUUACUUACCAAUCAAAUCAUCAAAAAGUUCCGGAAUCUCCCACCAAGUCCACCUCUUUCCUUACCCAUAAUUGGCCAUCUUCAUCUCAUCCAGAAACCACUCCACCGAGGACUAGCUAAGAUCUCCGAUAAAUAUGGUCCAAUACAGUUUCUUCAUUUUGGUUCUCGGCCUGUCCUGCUUGUAUCUUCACCCUCAGCUGCAGAAGAAUGCUUCACCAAGAAUGACAUAAUCUUCGCUAAUCGGCCAAGAUUUCUCGCCGGAAAACACCUUGGCUACAACUAUACAACUCUGGGAUGGGUCUCAUAUGGCCAACACUGGCGCAACUUGAGAAGAAUAGCUACUCUGGAGAUCUUAUCUGCUACCCGAAUUCAAGCUUACACGAGCAUCCGUGUUAACGAGGUCCAUUCAUUGAUCAAGUACCUUGUAAAGGCCUCUAAAGCUAGUGACUCUAGCACGGUUGAGAUGAAAUCGGCCUUCUUUGGGCUGACACUUAACAUCAUGAUGAGGAUGAUUGCAGGAAAGCGAUACUACGGCAAUGAUGCCCAGAACAAGGAGGAAGCCGCAAGGUUCAAAGAGAUAGUUAAAGAGACUUUUCAACUCAGUGGGGCGACAAACAUAGCAGAUUAUAUUCCAUUAUUGAAGUUUUUUGGGCAGCAGAAGCUUGAAACCAAGCUGAAGACUUUGCAGGCGAAGAGGGAUCAAUUCUUGCAAGAUUUGAUUGAAGAACACAGAAGAACCGUGAGGAGUUCCGACAGUGAGAAGGGCAACAAAACAAUGAUAGACGUUCUCUUGUCCCUCCAACAGACCGAGUCCGAAUACUACACAGAUGAGAUCGUCAAAGGCAUGAUUGUGCAAAUGUUAUCAGCAGGAACCGACACAUCAUCCGGAACAAUGGAAUGGUCACUCUCCCUCCUGCUCAACAAUCCACAAGUUCUAAAGAAAGCCCAGCAAGAAAUUGACGCGUACGCUGGCCAAUCAAGGCUUAUCAAUGACUCGGACUUGGGUCAGCUGCCUUAUCUUCAUGCAAUUAUUAAUGAAACACUGCGCAUUUGCCCGGUGGCCCCUAUUCUGGUGCCUCAUGUGUCAUCCCAAGAGUGUUGUGUUGGAGGCUACAAUAUCCCCGGUGGCACAUUGCUGUUAGUGAACUUAUGGGCAAUGCAAAAUGAUCCCAAGGUUUGGGAAGAACCCACAAAAUUUAGGCCUGAGAGGUUUAUAAGUUUGGAAGGGCAAAGAGAUGGAUUUGUGUUCAUGCCAUUUGGGUUUGGCCGAAGGGGAUGUCCUGGCGAAAAUUUGGCCAUGAGCGUUGUGGGGUUGACAUUGGGGUUGCUUAUUCAAUGUUUUGAGUGGGAAAGAGUUGGGGAAGAGUUGGUGGAUAUGACUGAAGGGGCAGGGCUUACCAUGCCAAGGGCUAAAGAAUUGAUGGCCAAGUGUAAACCACGGCAAGAAAUGGUCAAACUUCUUUCUCAAUCGUGAUUGGGAUUUCAGAAGUUGGUACCUCUAAGAAAAAAACCCAUCGCAGUGAUGACAACAUUGUGAACAAAGUGUGCUUGUUUUGCCAUUAUUUUUGUGAUUCUAUACCUUCUUGUA